GUUAACUUGUUCAAAAAGUUGGUGAGAGAGAAUACUUGUGAGCCUGACGAAGUCAUGUAUUCGACUGUCAUGAAUGGGCUUAGCAAAAGGGGCCAUACUCAAAAAACUUUUGAUUUGCUUAGGGUAAUGGAAAAAGGAAGCACUAAGCCCAACACAUACAUCUAUAACAUUGUUAUACAUGCCCUUUGCAAAGAUAGAAUGCUAGAUGCUGCAAUUAGCCUUUUCGAAGAGAUGAAACAAAAAGGCAUUCCUCCAAACAUUGUCACAUAUAGUUCAUUGAUUGAUGGUUUCUGUAAGUUUGGUCAGUGGGAAAAGGUUAGGACUUUGUUCUCUAAAAUGGUAAAUAUUAAUAUUUAUCCAAAUGUGCAAACCUUGACCAUAGUGACCGAUGGACCAUGCAAAGAAGGGAAAGUUAAAGAUGUUGAGGAGGUAAUGGGACACAUGAUUGGAAAAGGUGUCGAGCCAAAUGUGGUCACCUACAAUGUGAUAAUUGAUGGAUAUUGCUUGCGCGGUCAAAUGGAUAAAGCAAGGAGACUCUUUGAAUCCAUGAUUGAUAAGAGCAUUAAGCAUAACAUUAUUAGCUACAACAUAUUAAUAAAUGGAUACUGUAAGAAAAAGAAACUGGAUGAGGCCAUGUAUUUGUUUCAUGAAAUUUCUCUAAAUGGAUUGGAACCUAACAUGGUUACCUACAAUACUAUCUUGCAAGGUCUAUUUGAUGGUGGAAGAACUGACUUUGCGCAAAAAAUCCUUUCUGAUAUGCUAUUUACAGGACUCAAACCUGAUUUAUACACUAAUAACAUUUUGCUCUGUGGUUAUUUUCAUAAUGGACUUGUUGAGAAAGCUAUGUCGUUAUUUCAUGAGUUGGAAGUAAAGAGAGAAGAUAAUGAUAUUGAACUUUAUAAUGUUCUAAUUGAUGGGUUGUGCAAAAAUGGCCAGUUCGAUAAAGCUCAUGCUAUUUUUGAGAAGCUUUCUUUUAUUGGAUUGUUUCCCAAUGUGAUUACAUACACAAUAAUAAUUAUUGGAUUUUGUCAAGAAGGGUUGUUAGAUGAAGCUAAAGAUAUGCUAAGGAAAAUGGAGGAGAAUGGUCAUUUGCCGGACAAUGUCACUUAUAAUAUUAUUGUGCGAGGAUUUCUCAAGUUUGGCAAAACUAGUGAAAUGACAACUCUUUUGAAGAAAAUGACUGGAAGGGACUUCUUAUUUGAUGCAAGUACUGUAGAGUUACUAAUAGAUGCUAUAGCGAAGGAUCCUUCUUUGCUUAACAUGAUACCACAAUUUCACUCGGGAAAUAAGAAGUGAUAUGUAUUUCAGUUGAUCUAUUCUGCAAUACUUAUCACUGUGAUGCAUUUUUCUUUUACCUCUGCGAAAGAAAUCACAUCUAAUGGAACUGCAGAAGCUGAAAGAAUGGAAAUUAGAACAUUGCUUGAGCUUUCCAAGCCAGCUUAUUGAGGAGGUACAUCAGUUUUGAUAUUUGAUUGUUGUGCCACUCUACUGUAUUUUGAAAAUCAUAUUUUAUUGCACUCUUAAUAUGAGAAAUGAUGCAAGUUUCUUUAUGUGUACACAUUAUAAGUCUAUGAAUAGCAUACAGGAUUGCAGAGGAAGCAGAAGCUGUUGUUGCACAACUUGCAUUAAUGGCACUGCUCACAGUUG